GAGGAAAACACAGGGAAAGGGAGACCAAAGAGUGCCACCUUGAGCUCCUUGGCGGGAAAGUGGGGGAAAUAUAAUUGUGAGAAAGAAUAAUAAAAAUACAGUCAUACCUGGGGUUGAAUGUGCUUCAGGUUGAGCGCUUUCGGGUUGCGCUCCGCAAUGACCCGGAAGUAACGGAGCGCAUUACUUCCAGGUUUCGCUGCUCACGCAGACGCUCAAAAUGACGUCACGCACAUGCGCGGAAGCGGCAAAACGCGACCUGCGCAUGUGCAGACGUGCUGUCGUGUCUUUGGAUAUCCUGUGUUGCCUUCUUUGGUUAAAUCAGGAUUUUUUUUAAGGUUAGCCUCUCUGUAGCAAUGACCAUGGGAGACAACAAGGGAAGGUUCCCCCUCAAAGGCACCUGCCCUCCAAUAGCCCCACAAUGUUAAUGAGUGACCCAGGAGGCGAGGGAGGAGGAGGAGGAGAUUGGGAGGAAUAAGUAGCCUCCCUCGUGGCUCCCCGGACUCAGAGACAGCCCCUACCUUCAUCCCAGCAGGUUCUCAGGACCCUCCGCCAAAGCACCAUGAAGUUCUUCAUCCUCACACUGGCCUUGGCCAUCCUGACAGGUGAGUGGAAGGUCAACAUCAGGCUAGCAGCUGCCUUGCGUUCCACCUUUUGGGGUGUAAAUUUAGCAAGAUAGAUAUCUGUUGGACACUGAGAUCCAACGCCAAGGGCCUUCUGGCGGUUCCCUCAUUGCGAGAAGUGAGGUUACAGGGAACCAGGCAGAGGGCCUUCUCGGUAGUGGCGCCUGCCCCGUGGAAUGCCCUCCCACCAGAUGUCAAAGAAAUAAGCAACUAUCUGACUUUUAGAAGACAUCUGAAGGCAGCCCUGUUUAGGGAAGUUUUAAAUAUUUAAUGCUGUAUUGUUUUUAACACUCGACUGGAAGCCACCCAGAGUGGCUGGGGAAACUCAGCCAGAUGGUCGGGGUAUAAAUAAUAUAUUAUUAGUAGUAUUAGUAUUAUUAUCAUAAUAAUAUUAGCUAAACUGAAGCUCCACGUUCAGUGGCUGGGCAAAAUGGGUCUUUAGUCUGAUCAGCCAAGGGUUCUUUCGACUGAACCUGGACCACACAGCCAUUCAGGUAUUCCCUGUGAAGUAGGACAUACGUUCGCCCUACUGUACUCACAGUGUAGGAAGAGCUCCAAAGAUUUCCUAGGGUGCUGCCACUUAGAGGAAUCACUUUGGGGAAACUUGCAUGCAGAGUGUCAUGACAAGGAAGCUCUUUCCUGCAAACAACCACUGCAAGAAGUUAAGGCUGAAAGGGCGCAUACAUGUUGGUUGGCAUUGGGCCUGCUGCUACUGCCCCUCAGUUGUGCCCCAAUAUAGGAAGGGCCUUCAGUUCAUAUGAUAAAAUCCUGUCCUGUCCACCUUCUUGGUGUCUCACAUUUCAAAUGUCCUAGACGUGGCUUUGUGGGAGCAAAGUCCGUUCUGCAAAUCACUGUUGGAGGGUCAAUAGCCAACGACUGGAUAAGGCUGAUCUCUUUCCUUUGCUGACAGACCAAGUUGUGUGGGGGGUUGUGUGCUUUGUGGGGUCUAUUUCCUGAGGAUGUGCUAGCAGGCCAAGUUGGGGAGGGUGAUCUAUAGGGAAACUGUAAAUACCCCUUCAGUCUGUACUAUUUCCAGAAGAACAAAACUAUGUAAGAACUGGCUGGGAUCCUAUUUAGGUUCUCUGACACGCAGCUGGGACCACAGACCUUGUGUUUUAGAAACCUCAUGUCCCCAUUUUAGAGAGAGAGUUAUAAUCCAGUGUUGGGAACAGUGCCGGAUUUACGUAUAAGCUAAACAAGCUAUAGCUUAGGGCCCCAUUCUCUUGGGGGGGCCCAAAAAAAAUUUAAAGGGGAAAAAACUGGAUGUAUAUUUCCAAAAUAUAAGAUAAAAAAAGAAAUAAAAUAAAACCUACAUACAGCAACAUUGUUUUGUGUUGUGUAUGGACCUAUUAGGUCCAUAAAUUACCAUAUGGCAUAUAUUCAACACAAAAAAUGUGACAAUUUGUUGUUCACAAAGGACAGCUGGACAUAUAAAGGGCCCCAUUGCCUUCAGUAGCUGAGGGCCUCACCAAACCUAAAACUGGUCCUGGGUGGGAAGCCACUCCAUAGAUCUAGAAAGUGAUUAUUCCACAGGGAGUGUUGUUAGCGAGUGGCCCAGAGGCACAAGCCCAAGGUGUUUUGUGCCACACCUGAAACCACCUGUGCCUGGAGUGUCUGCUCCUUUCCCUAGUAAGAAUACUAGACCAUAUUUCAGCCUCAGCUCCCGCACAGACAGCAUCUGUAAUUACACCAUUUCCCACAUAAAAUAAGGGACCUGACUGAGAAAUAACAUAAACCAGUGUUUCCCAAGCGGGUACCAUAUGGCCUGUGGGGCCCCCAGGAUAUUCCUAGGAAUAGCUGUCAACGUUUCCCUUUUUUUAAGGGAAAUUCCCUUAUUCCAAAUAGGAUUCCUCGUAAGAAAAGGGAAAAGUUGACAGCUAUGUUCCGGGGGGUGGGGGUGGCCACAGGUGAAAUUGGUGUAAAUAAGGGUAGAGGGAAGUGAGAAGUGAAGGGAAACAAUUUUUUUUUAAAAAAAUCCCUGAUUGGAUGUCUAUCUGCCUCGCCAAUCACAAGCGGGUAAGGGGGACCCGCCAGGGCCUAGCGCUCCUUUUUGCCACGUGUGUUUUCUUGGAGCAGUCCUGGUUUGCUUCAGGCGGGACCAGUAGAGCCCAGGAUCCAGAACCCCCUGGGGCUGGUAAGUGCGGUGGUGGGGUGGCAACGGGUAAGGCCGGGCGUGCUGGAUGCUGCUGCCAGUGCUAGGCCCGGUGGCAGCCUGGGCCUGACUCCGCAAGGUGCUGACUUGCAUCUAGUACAUAACUAAGUCUGCUGGCUUGCAUCUAGAAAAUAACUAAGUCUCUACUUGGAAGGAAGCCGCACUGAGUUCAGUGGGCCGUACUCCCAGGUAAAGGUGUGUGGGGCUAUAGUGUUUUAUCUAGGCAGCCAGGGCUACUCCGGAUAACAAGAUCUUUUUGCAGCAGGUCAGUGAGGACCACUUGCUUUUUAAAAUUCUCCCAUAUAUACAGAACUCCCUGUGCACCUUUUGCCCAAUAUCUGUAGUUUCCCCUACAGAAAGUACAGAAUACCCUUGGGGUCCCUUCCAGCCCCAUGAUUCUAUGUUUUUCUGCUUCAACAAUAUUUUAUUAUCUUUCUAUCAUUUUAUGUAAUUUUCUAAAAAUUAUUAAAAUUAUAAAGGAAACAUGUUGUAUUGAAAAACAAAACAUUUAAAUAGCUAGUAGACAAGAGGGGGCACGGGCAUAGCCAGGAUUUGGGGGGGGGUGGAGCAUCAGAUUUGCAUUGAUUUUUACUUAUUGGGGGGGCAGCUGCCCCCCUGGGCUACAUCCAUGUGGGGGGGCGGUGCCACAGGAAGAAAACAAGGUCAGAAAAGGCCAAUGGCAAGAAAAGGGUUGGGAAACACUGACAUAAACUAUUUUGUUUCUACCUUUCUUGAGGGGGUUGAGGCACCAGCCCUAACAAAGACCUUCUAAUUUAGACCCUCAAACAUUAAAGGAUUCUAUAUGUGAAGCUUUGAGUUGCAGCUUGGUGUACCAAACAGGCUUUGCGCUUCCUGCAGUGGACGGUGCAAUGCAGAAUUAUUAUUUUUGGGGACUUCUAGGGACUUGGGCUUCUGUUCUCCGAGAUGAGCCGGAUUCCAAGCUGGAGAAGCUAAUCCAACAGGGAAGAGAAGAUGCCAGGAACUUCAUCGAAACAUUGUUUGGGAAAGUCACCAUCGUUGAAAGAAGAGAGGAGGGCCGGGAGAUUCUGUAAGCAAAUUAGUCUCGUUUCUGCUCUGCGCUGCUCUCUUCCCAUGUAGAAAAGAGGAGAUGUUAUUUCUAGAGAAUAGAUGGAUGGAAGUGAUGCCGGCAUAACAUUCUGGGGUUGGGGAAGGUAUGGGAGCUGAACUACUGGAUUCUGAGCCAGCCCCACUGCCACCAGUUCACCCCAUGGCUUGGCCCCUGGGUCCCUGUACCUUCCCCUCCCACUCUGGGCAGCAUGUGUGGCAGGGCUGAGGGCAUAACAGGUGACACACACUGCUACAUGAAGCCCCUCAGGCAGCAGACAGGGAGGUGCCCACUUUGGAAUCCUCCUCAGAACAGAGUCUUAAAAUCCUGGGUGUUUGAACAGAAAUCUUGGGUAGCGACAGCUCAAGCCACUUCGACUCAGGAUGGUGCCUCCCCUUCGGCAGAUGGGCAAAUCAAGUGAACCCUCCCAGGAAGGCUCUCUCCCCACUUAAAGUAAGGAGAAACGGGUGCAGGCAAAGCCAUCCUGACAAGAAAGGAAGGCUUCCCCUUAAAUCCAGGGGCUUCCCACUCAGUAAAAGAGGCCUGCCUACUGUGACUAUGCAGGUACAAGCAGGUUUUCGUUUGUCCCACCAGGGCCAGAUUUAGGUUUGAUGAGGCCCUCAGCUACUGAAGGUAAUGGGGCCCCUUAUAUGUCCAGCUGUCCUUUGUCAACAACAAAUUGUCGCAGUUUUUUGUGUUGAAUAUACAGUCAUACCUCGGGUUACGGACACUUCAGGUUGCGUUUUUUCGGGUUUUGGACCGCUGAAACCCGGAAGUACCGGAACGGGUUACUUCUGGGUUUUGGCGGUCGCACAUGUGCAGAAGCGCAGAAGCGCCGAAUCGCAACCCGUGCGUGCGCAGACACGCCACUGUGGGUUGCGAACGUGCAUCCUGCACGGAUCAUGUUCGCCACCCAAGCAUCCACUGUAUGCUAUAUAGUAAUUUAUAGAACUAAUAGGUCCGUACAGAACACAAAACACUGUUGCUGUAUGUAGGUUUUAUUUUAUUUUAUUUUCAUCUUAUAUUUUGGAAAUGUACAUUCAGUUUAUUUUCCCUUUAAAUUUUUUAGAGGCCCCCAAGAGAGUGGGGCCCUAAGCUGUAGCUUGUUUAGCUUAUAUGUAGAUAUGGCACUGUCGCUUUCCCUAGAAAAAUCUACUGCUUACCGCUAAAUCAGAACAAACAUCAAUCCACAGAAAAACUAUUGACACUUGUUCCAAUUCAGGGGUAAACAGCAGCGGGACAAGCAGGUGUUUUGACGAUCCCAAACCCUCCUUUUCCCUUCUUAAAGCUUUCCAAUUCUCUGUUCUUUUUUUCCCCUACAGGAAAUUUCUUGAGUAUGUCUAUUUGAAUAUCAGCAGGCGCUUGGAUAGCCUGGAGAAAGAGUUACCUGAUGAGGUCAUGCAAGCUUUUGAUCUGGUUUUGGGGGUGCCAUACCAGGUUGCGGAAAAGGCUAUCACUGCCCUGUAUGACCUGCAGAGACAUAGAAGGCAUAACUUAGAAGCAUUGCAAUCUGCCCUGGCGGGGUACGUGGAUCCCGUCCUGGAGAGGGUGGGUCCGUAUGCAGCAACCGUGCGCAGUGCUGUCAUCGCCAGAGCUCAGGAGAUCAACCAUGAGAUAGAUGAGAAGCUGCCACAGCAAGUGCAAGCUCUGAGAACCCAGUUGGAUCCGCACAUUAAGAAGCUGCGAGAAUUGCAGGCAGCCCUUCCGCCUUAUCUUGACCACAUCCAGCAGCUGAUCAGAAAAGGAGCGGAGACAAUCCACAAGCACUUACUGAAGCCGUACGUUGGUCCCAUUGUGCAGUUGCGCCAAAAGUACAAAAAGGACUUUAGGGAGUGGGCUAGAGCCCCAGUGUUUUCCCCAAAUCCAUGAUUAUUUCUCUCACAUGUAUACGAGGAAGGAAUCUCGCCCGGCAUCUAAAGAGAGAUCAGAAUGGAAAAGCUUACAUUGGUUUUUGUGUCUUCAAGACCUUGGCUGGGAGGUAGGGCUGGUGUGCAAGUCUUCUCCAGAUGGGAUAAUAAAGGAGACAUUCCUAACAACCUCUG